GGCGACACCCGCACGGCGAAAUGCGGGGCUUUUGUGGACGCAAUCUUCUCACUUCAUCCUGUCUCAGAAAUGACGUCUCUGCUUCACUUCACACAGUCCAAACAGGGGUUCAUGCAGGACUUAACUGGAGACAGCAGGGAUCACAGCAGCACUGAGAUAAUUAAGGACAAAUUGCACCACCAGCCCUGAAACCCCCAAACCUGCAUCCCGUUGGAACCCACAUCUUGCGCCUGUUAAACACCCAUGGAGAUCUUCUACUUCAACUCCUCCAGCGUCUACAUCCAUAAGCUGUCAAACAGCAGUGGUGGAGGUGGUGGCAUUACCCCGUACGAGCAGUGUAAGGACAUGCCCGCCGCCCUGAUAUUUUAUCUCACCUUGCAGUCCAUCAACCUGUUCCUGGGGAUCCCUGCUAACCUGAUGGUGCUGUGGCUUCUGCACAAGAACAAGAGGGACUCCUCCACCUCUGACAUUUUCAUCCUCCACCUGGCCAUACUGGAUACCGUCUUCUGUCUCCUCCCACCCCUGGAACUGGUCAACCAAGUUUUCCUCACCAUCACCAGCGCCUGGCAUGUGCUGCUCUUCUUCUAUGGGGUGAAAGACUCUUCGCUGCUCUUCCUCUCCUGCAUCUGCAUGGAUCGCUACAUGGCCGUCCUGCACCCAAUCACUUUCACCGAGCUGAAGGACCGAAACCACCGUGUGGUGUGCGCUAGUGCACUGUGGCUGUUCACCCUGACCUACGCGGCGGCAAAGGGUGUGAACAGCAUCCCACACUUCGAGAAGCUCUUCAUCGCCAUGAUCCUCGCAGCUUUUGCCUUCAUGCUCUUCUGCAACGCGGCCAUCCUGAACGCGCUCCGCAAGUCGGGCCCUGGCCGCGACGAGAUGCAUCCAGUCAAGAAGAGGGCCUUCAAGAUGGUGCUCAUCAUCCUGGCCAUCAUCGUCUGCAACUACUUCCCACCUGUAGUGGUCUUCCCAUUUAAGGAGCAUUUCUCCCAAGAUGUGUUCCACUGUUACAUCAAAUUUGUAGCUUUUGGUUGCAUGGACAUCAGCAGCAGCAUUCAACCCCUUCUCUACCUCUCCCGGGAGAUUCCCAGUUUCCAAUGCUGUUGCCGUAAGGAUCAAGACUCAGGAAAGUCCACAGGUCCAUGCUGAACUUUGUGAUGAUCCAGUGUGCAUAUUUGCAGUCAUAUUUAGUUUUGUAGGAUUUUUCAUUUUCCAGUUAUAGAAUUGAUGCAGUUAUUUCUAAAAAAGCGCUACCUAAUUUUACAUAAAUGACAUAAGUGCAUCAUGUACUCAGUCUAAAUAAAGGGACACUGACUCAAAGAGGCAACACAAAUGAACUAUAUCCGACUUGAUUUUGACAUCGUUUUUUUUUUAAAUUUUAUUAAGCAUUUGUCUGAAUAUAUUUUUUAAUAUAUAUAUAUUAAGUGACAAUUGUGCAUUAUAUGUAAAUGUCCAUACAAAUAGUCGUUUUGUCUACUACAGCCAUCCUAUAUACACUGCAAUUUUUAGAUAUG